AUGGUUGCCUUCAGCAAGCAACUUCUUGCAGCAGCGACUGUUUUCGCCGUUGUUCAGGCACAUCCCCAUGCAAAGACCUUUCAGUUCAGCAGCCUCAACCCCGCUUGGGUCGUGAAGCGUUCCCUAUACAACCUCGACAAGAUCUCCGAUCAAAGCCAGAAGGACAAACUAACCCAAGGUCUCAAAGAUGCUGUCACCAUUGCUGCCAAAACUCUCGAGAAGAUGGAUGACGACAAGCACAAAGACAAGCUCGAAUUCUGGUUCGGUGACAAGCACUCCGACGCCAACGGACGCGAGCUCGUUCGCCAAGUCUACAAAAACUUUGUCGGCGACAACACCGAUGGCACAGGCGCAGAAGUCAUAGCCAAUGUCAUCGUCGACGAGGUCGACUACUGGAAGCCAACUGCUGCUCAGCUUCCAAACACGCCUGCAGACGGCAACACGGCGUUUUGCGACUUGGAAGUCAAUGGCAAAAAGGGUACAGCGUAUUUUAAGAGAAACAACAACAAGCCAGGAAUGCACUAUUGCGACAAAGUCUGGGAUAGAGCCGAUCUGGCUACUAUUACGGCUAAUGAUUGCAGCUCGCUCAGUGGGCAAGUAAGCACUGCAACAUGGUCGAAGAAUUUCAUCGGUUCCAACGUUUUGCAUGAGUUUAUGCAUUACCCUCGUAUCGGUAAAGAAGCUAUCGGCACGCAAAUCACAGACUGGAUAUACGACGCCUGGCAAUGCCGCGCUCUCGCCGCAAACGAAGACGAGGCAGAAAGGGAAAAGACCUUGACCAACGCCGACACAUACGUUUGGUAUGCUCUUCACAUUGCCUUUGAAGAAAUCUGCGGUAAAAGCUUCUCCGGUCCGCGUGACGAACGCGACGACGACGCUACGAACCAGGACUGGCCUGAUUCCGACCCGGACACUGAUGACCCCACCAACGGUGCUUGUGAUUGCGACGAGAACAGCUGCUCCCCUGAUUCCUAUGCUUGCUGUGCGAAUGGAUCUUGCCAGUAG